CUUAUCCAGAGAUAGGAAAAAAAUUAAUUAAAAAAUGUUUUAAAAUUUUAUAUAUAUUACGGUUCUUUUUUGAGUUUGCAAAUGAAAAUAGCGAUAUAAUAUUGGUUAUUUUUUUGGUCCACCAUUUUAGUGGCUAAAUCCCAAUCUUCAACCAUCACAGUCAUCAAUUCCAGUUCAACAAUGUCUGUUGCAAAUCCUUUCAGAAAGUUGAUUAAAUGCGUUAUUCUUGAUUUGGAUGGCACCUUGCUCAACACAGAUGGCAUUGUUUGCAAUGUUUUGAAGGUUUCGUUAGGAAAAUAUGGUAAAGAAUGGGAUGGAAGAGAAACCCUUAAAAUUGUCGGGAAAACACCUUUAGAAGCUGCUUCUGCAGUUGUUGAAGAUUAUGGACUUCCUUGCUCGCCAAUUCAGUUUAUUUCUGAGAUUUCACCGCUAUUUUCCGAUCAGUGGUGCAACAUUAAAGCACUUCCUGGUGCCAAUCGGUUGAUUAAACAUUUGAAGAGCAAUGGAGUUCCAAUGGUCUUAGCAUCAAACUCUCCAAGGGAGAGCAUUGAUGCCAAAAUAUCCUUUCACGAAGGAUGGAAAAAUUCUUUCUCUAUCAUAAUUGGAGGAGACGAAGUUCGAACAGGGAAGCCUUCCCCUGACAUAUUCUUUGAAGCUGCUAGGAGGUUACGCAUGGAGCCUUCCAGCUGUCUUGUGAUUGAAGACUCUUUACCUGGUGUUACUGCAGGUAAGACUGCUGAAAUGGAGGUGGUUGCUGUACCAUCACUCCCGAAACAGUCUCAUCUCUUUACUGCAGCAGAUGAGGUGAUAAAUUCCUUACUUGAUUUGCAACUUGAAAAGUGGGGUCUACCACCGUUUGCCGACUGGGUGGAGGGAACUUUGCCGGUAGAUCCUUGGUAUAUUGGUGGUCCUGUCAUCAAGGGAUUUGGCCGUGGGUCGAAAGUACUUGGAAUCCCUACAGCUAAUUUGUCAACAAAGGACUAUUCAGAUCUCCUUUCAGAGCAUCCUGCAGGAGUUUAUUUUGGUUGGGCUGGAUUGCCGGCAAGAGGUAUUUUUAAAAUGGUGAUGAGCAUUGGUUGGAAUCCAUAUUUCAGCAACAAAGAAAAAACUAUAGAACCAUGGUUGCUUCAUGAGUUCACUGAGGAUUUCUACGGGGAAGAACUGCGGCUGGUUAUAGUUGGUUACAUACGUCCUGAGGAAAAUUUUCCAUCCCUUGAAAGCUUGAUUGCUAAGAUUCAUGAAGAUCGCAAAGUUGCUGAGAGAGCUCUUGAUCUUCCCGUGUAUUCAAGUCAUAAGAAUGAUUCAUAUUUGCGAAGCUGAUAGUACUGAUUUUAUUAGCUUCUUUUGAAGAAACCUCUGCAUUUGUACUAGUACCAAAAACAGUUUUGCUGUAUUAUUUCCUGUGAUUCUCAAUCACCACUCCCCAUAACACAUUGAUUUGUAACAUGCAUAAAUAGUAAUAAUAACACAUUGAUUUGUAACAUGCAUAAAUAGUAAUAAAAAAGACCGCUAUUUAACUUUCAA